GCGGCUCCGCCUCUUCCGAGCCGGGUCGGGACCCGGCCGCGCGAGCGGGAUUCCGAGCUGCGGGGUUCAGAGCCGGUCGGGGCAGUUCCCUGCGGGCGCCAUGUCCCGGAACCUUCGGACCGCGCUCAUUUUCGGCGGCUUCAUCUCCCUGAUCGGCGCCGCCUUCUACCCCAUCUACUUCCGGCCCCUAAUGCGGCUGGAGGAAUACAAGAAGGAACAAGCUGUAAACCGGGCUGGAAUCGUUCAAGAAGACGUGCAGCCACCAGGGUUAAAAGUGUGGUCUGAUCCAUUUGGCAGGAAAUGAGAAGGCUGUCACCAGCUCUGAUUAUGAAAUUAGACAUCUUCAUGCUCUCCAUUCUGCAGCAAGUGCGAUAAAUCACCUCCUAUAGAACGACGGCGGGAGAAGAAAACUGUAAUGCCAUAAACAUUACUGUGCACAAGGACUAAUAUUUCCCUUCUUAAUACCCAGAGAACCCUGGAACAAAUCACACCAUUAGGAAGGUUUUCGUGAUUCGCUUUACUUUCUACAAAUGAAGCUGUCUCACCCAGCUGUGUUUGGAGAGCUACUUAUUAUUCAGUCUCUACUUCUUACCCAACCGUGUGCUGUGAUAUGAAUACAAGCAACCAGGAGACCUGGGAGGAUCCUAGUCUGUUUUGCCAUCUUCCAAAUAGAAGAUUGCAGUGAAAACCCACCAUGCUGAGGAGCCUCAGAGGUCUCUCUGAGAAUGUUAAAGUUGAUAAAACUCUUUAAGGACAGCGUUCAUUGUCUCUUUAAGAAUAAACAGUUCAGCUGAACUAACUCGCUGAAGGUAGCUGCGUGUUGGAAAAUAAAUAGGAAUCAAGUCAAACUAAGUAGGAAUGCAUGCCUAGUAGGAAUCAGUGUUGAAUUAAUAGAAAUGAAGCAGGGCAUAUUAAAAUGAUUUCUUUUUACUUGACAA